AUGGGGCAGGGGGAUGAGGAGGGAACGCGGGGCUGGGGAGCAGAGUGCUUUGCUUUUGCUCUUUGCGGAGGAGCCUCUCGCUUUGCUUGCCUCUGCUCCCCGCACGAACUUGGCACCCGACGUGGAUGGAGUCGCUGGCGAGAUGCGAGGGGACUACGCUUGGACGAAACGCGCAGGGACAAACUCUUACGCCAACAUGUUUUUCCUUCUUCUUCACCCCGCGCCGGGGGAUUGUAUUUGACCCCUCUUUUUGUUUUCCCGCCCGUGGUUUUUGGGUUUCUGUUGCUUUGCCUUCCCAGCCCACUUUGGCUCCCCGUGGGAGCGCCGCCCGCUCCGGCGCUCGAUGGACGCACCGGCAAGCGGCGGCUCCGCUCUGCCGGUCGCGGUGUUGCCCAGCGGCGUUGGGCGCCACGGCCCGUCGCAGCGGUGGCAGUGCCGCAACGCCUCUGGUGUGGGGGUGCCUGCGCCCCGCCCAGUGCGGGGCUUUCCCGCCUGUGGCGAAAUUCAAUCCUUGCCGGCGUCGCGUGGUCGGGAAGAUUGAGCAGAGAGAAAAAAGGGCAUAACGGAGGUGCACGGCCGAGCAGCAACGUGGCACCACGCGGGAGCGAUGCGACGGCGAUGGUGACGUGCGAUCCGUGCGAGCGGCCAACAACCACGGCGGAGACCUGCAGGGGUGUGGGGGAAGGUGCUGAUGCCUUGCCACGAAACCGCCGCGAGCACAGGACAAGGGCUUCGACGUGCCUUGCGCGUUACAGACCUCGAGACCCGUGCCCUGUGCAUCAUAUACUUUGGGCAUGGAGGCGCCUGCAUUAG